AUGGCGCCCUUCUCCUUCUCAAGAGCAAUGCGCAUGUCCUACAGCCCAGCUCCUUCAGAGGAAGUGUCUUCAGAAAAGCUUCUGGGACCAGAGUCCAACGAGGACGGCGAGGCGCUGUCAAAUCGAGACACCAUAAUUGCCAUAGAACGCGUGAAGAGAAGAUGGAAGCUUCUGGCGCUGUCGUCCAGCGGCCUCGUUGCUGUCCUCCUGCUGGCCUUGACGUGGAUGUUUGCGUCGUUCAAGUCCCGGGAAGUGCCAAGUUUGUAUUCCCCGGCAGAAGUCGCUGUCGAGUAUGAGACGGUGGUAUUCCACAACAACUUCUGGGAAGACCGCACGCCGUAUCAAGGUCCACCCACGGACGAAGUGGACAUGGCAUGGGACGCUUUAUACAAAGACGUCGGAGUCAUCAAAGUGGACGGUCGGACAGCACGACAAGUGCCAAACAUGACGCUUCCAAUCCCUGGAGAAGAGGACAGUUACAUUCUGGGCAUCGAGGUCUUCCACCAACUCCAUUGUCUAAAUAGCAUCAGAAAGGGGCUCUACCCGGAUCGAUACCAGGAGACCAAAGACAUGUCGGACAACGAAAAACGGCUGUACUGGAUCCAUAUCGAACACUGCGUGGACUCGAUCAGGCAGACGAUCCAGUGCUACUCGGACAUCAACACGAUACCCUGGGUGAUCAGUCCGAGGCACCAUCGCCCCGCCCCUGACGCACACACGACACACAUGUGCCGUCGGUUUGACAAGAUUCAGGAAUGGGCCAAGGAGCGGGCCUUUACGCAGAAGGAGUAUGACCUCCGUCUAGCGGCACAGCAGCAGGGAUGA